GGUGUCAACGUGUCAUUACCCCUCCCUUCAUCCCAGAAAGGGGAAAACCUAGGGAUCUUCACUAUAAAUACAACCCAUUAUCACUCCUCAAACUUACAGUUUCUAAAAUUUCAUUACAAAGUUUCUUCAACAAACCAAGCCAAAAAGAGAGAACAAAAAUGCAGAUAUUUGUGAAAACACUCACUGGUAAGACUACCACCCUUGAGGUCGAACCCAGCGACUCCAUUACCACUCUCAAGUCCAAGAUCCACCUCAAACAAGGAAUAAUUCCAGAGCAGCAGCGUCUGAUUUUCGGUGGGAAGCAGCUUCAAGAUGACCGCACUAUUGCUGACUACAACAUUCUCAAAGAAUCAACACUUCACUUGUUGCUGAGGUUGAGGGGAGGAGGCUACGGAAACUUUCACAAAUUCAACCCGAGUAUGGUGGUGUUGGCUCGUCAGUAUAAUCAAGACAAGAAGAUUUGCCGCAAGUGCUAUGCUCGUCUGCCACUGAGGGCUACAAACUGUCGCAAGAAGAAGUGUGGACACUCCAAUGAGUUGAGGGCUAAGAAGGUUUUCUUAGCAAAAGGAGCCAAUCGGAUCAAUUAAAUGAAAGGACUUUGGUUGAGUUUUUAGCAUAAUAGUAAUGAAGUUUUACUAGAGGACACUACUAGUAAUACUCUGGUUUAAACGUAAUUUCUGUAGAACUAUGUCUCUACUAUUUUAGUUUUGGUGAAGUUUAUGGCAUGAAACAUUAAAUAUGUUGCUAAAUCAACACUACUACUAUUAUUAUGGUUUAUGUAUAAAUUUGGAUAAGUAUGUUUUUAAAUUGGAUGAGUUUGCCUAGCAUUUGAAGUGCCUAAAAGUUUGUCAUUAAGUUGAAUGUUUCUCUCGUGUAAAGUUGGUAAAACAAUGAC